UCUCUCUCUCUCUCUAUAUAUAUAUAUAUAUAUAUAUAUAAGAUUUCAUGAUCAUUAGUUCUCAUAUACAUUAUCACAAUUAUCAACUAAUUCUUUAAGGCAAGACAUGGAUUCCGAGCAUGCUAGUGUUACAAGGAGAAAAGUUUCGGUUCUUCAAGGAGAUGAAUUCUUCUUUAACAAGGUCAUUUCAAGGAAUUCUUCAAUGAGUUGCUCGUCGCGGCUGUUCUAUUACCGGAGUGCUGAAGGAGUGCCAUUUCAGUGGGAAAUGCAGCCAGGAACUGCAAAAGACCCGCCACAAGAAGAAGUUCUUCCACCGCUCAGCCCUCCACCGGCUGUUCUUAGCUUAGGACUACCAAAACCAUGCAUUCAUGACCUUGAAGAGCCUAAGGUUUCAAUAAAAUCGAAGCUUAAGUUCUGGAAGCAUAUCAGGAAGAUUCAAGGAUCCAAGAAAGGCCCACAAGGAUUUCUUCAGAGGAAUAAUAAUAAUCAAAAUAUUGUAAACGUUAAUAAUGGGUCCGAUUGUAAGAAGUUUGAAAGCUUUGAGUUUUGUAGCUCUGAUGGCGAAUUUAUGGUGUCGCCGCGAAAUUCAAGCUUUUCUUCUUCUUUUUCAUCAUCGUCAUCGUCCUCAUCGGCACUGUCUUUAACUAAGGGUCAUUCAAAGAAGUCUUCUAGAUUAGAGGGUCCUGCCAGGGACUCAUUACAGGGGAUUAAUGGCUGCAGUCCUUGGAAGUUCAAUUCAUUUCUUGUAUAUGUUGCAAGGCGAGUUUGAUCUAAUCUGUGUCUCUUUUUCUUUUUUUCUUUUUUCUUUUAAAUAUCUUUGGCCUGAAUUUUCUUUGUGCUCAGUGUUUUUGUAAUAUGUAUAAAUGAAGAACUUGACUGCUAUACUAAUGAUUCAUUGUUGGAAAGCUGAGGGCAUUUAGAAUUCAACUAAUGUUUGUACCAUUGGUUAACUUAUACUAUACUUGCAUUAGUAAAUUUGGGGUCAAAAUAUUCACUCAUAUCUUGUAAUGUCUUAUUUAAUUAAAUUAAUGAAUACACUACUACAAGAAUAUUUGUAUUUGUAUUUUUCUUUUUCCUUCUAAUUUAUAAGUAGGUAUAGUGAAGUACAUUGCAGAGCAAGUGAGCAAAUAACUCAAAAGAAAGCACAAAUUAUAAAUAAUAUGAAAGGGUAAGUAAGAAUGAAAUAUAAUAUUAAUGCCGUUAUCGUUAGAACUUUAGCUUAG